AUGGGGGAACAACCCAUCUUCAGCACUCGUGCUCAUGUCUUCCAGAUUGACCCUAACACAAAGAAGAACUGGGUACCCACCAGCAAGCACGCAGUUACUGUGUCUUAUUUCUAUGACAGCACAAGAAAUGUGUAUAGGAUAAUCAGUUUAGAUGGCUCAAAGGCAAUAAUUAAUAGCACCAUCACCCCAAACAUGACAUUUACAAAAACUUCUCAGAAGUUUGGCCAGUGGGCCGAUAGCCGGGCAAACACUGUUUAUGGACUGGGAUUCUCCUCUGAGCAUCAUCUUUCAAAAUUUGCAGAAAAGUUUCAGGAAUUUAAAGAAGCUGCUCGACUAGCAAAGGAGAAAUCACAAGAAAAGAUGGAACUUACCAGUACACCUUCACAGGAAUCAGCAGGCGGGGAUCUUCAGUCUCCUUUAACACCAGAAAGUAUCAAUGGGACCGACGAUGAAAGAACACCUGAUGUCACACAGAACUCAGAGUCAAGGGCUGAACCAACUCAGAAUGCAUUGCCAUUUUCACAUAGUUCAGCAAUCAGCAAACAUUGGGAGGCUGAACUGGCUACCCUCAAAGGAAAUAAUGCCAAGCUCACUGCAGCCCUGUUGGAGUCGACUGCCAAUGUGAAACAAUGGAAACAGCAGCUCGCUGCAUAUCAAGAGGAAGCAGAACGUCUGCACAAGCGGGUGACUGAGCUUGAAUGUGUUAGUAGUCAAGCAAAUGCAGUGCAUACCCAUAAGACAGAAUUAAAUCAGACAAUACAAGAACUGGAAGAAACACUGAAAGAAAAGGAAGAGGAAAUAGAAAGAUUAAAACAAGAAAUUGAUAAUGCCAGAGAACUCCAAGAACAGAGGGACUCUCUGACUCAGAAACUGCAGGAAGUAGAAAUUCGGAACAAAGACCUGGAGGGACAACUGUCUGACUUAGAGCAACGUCUGGAGAAAAGUCAGAAUGAACAAGAAGCUUUUCGUAAUAACCUGAAGACACUCUUAGAAAUUCUCGAUGGAAAAAUCUUUGAACUAACGGAGUUACGAGAUAACUUGGCCAAGCUUCUAGAAUGCAGCUAA